CAACAGCACGUGCUUCAAAUUUUCGUUAUCAACAGAGAACCAGUGAAUUUUCCAAUCAACAAGAAAAACAGGAGUUUCCCUCAUUUAUUGACAGUCACCCCUGAUUUGUCCUUUAAUAACAAUCAAUCAGGAACAAUCAACAAUAAUUAUCAACAAUUGCCUCAACCUUUACAUGAAAUCUCCGAAAAAUCGAAUUAAAAUUAUCAGAAAAAUACAGUAACCUAUCACUUCAGUGAAAUCAUAGGAGAAUAAAUAAUUCGAGAUAGAGGAAAGUGACGAAAGUAAUAACUGGGACAUGAAUAGCCUAGGUGAUGCUUGCAAUGAGAUUAAGAGAGAGUACGACAUGUGCUUUCAAACUUGGUUCACUGAAAAUUUUCUCAAAGGGGAUACAAAUGACUCUAUGUGCGCCCCUCUCUUCAAAGUUUAUCAACAAUGUGUGAAGAAAUCGAUGAAAGAGCAGAAUAUCGAGCUGAAAGACAUCGAGAUAAACCACUUGGGAACCGAAAACGAGAAAAAGUCACCGAGCUGACAGUUGACCACAAAAGAUUCCCUGUAAAUACGACAAGAUCUAUUUUUCUUAAUUUCCCCUCAUCUAAUUUUUCUGUGACCUUCAGUAAACAUUAAAAAAACUUGCCAUAGAGUAUUUACUGAAAAUGAAUAUUAUUAAUUGCUCUUAAUGAAAAA